CAGUUCCUCAUCAGUUAAGAUCGCUGUAAACACAAGCUUACAACUUGUCUCAAUAAUCGGUCAGUUUGAGAUUCAGGCACCAGAAUGUCCAGCACAGUCAUACCCAUGAACUCUUCAACGCUCAUCAUCCAGUUUCAACCACCGACACAAACAACACCUGUUACCACGGGGACAAAUGCUCCUGCGCCUGUUUAUGUACAACAGGUGGCGGGAGUUUCACCUCUUCGUGGACUUCAGGCGUUUCUGAAAGGCCAACCGAAAGCCCUUGGGACGGUUCAGAUAAUGAUUGGUGUGCUGACUUUCCUGUUUGGCAUUGUGUGUACAGUUUUUGCACAGUCCAUCUUUGUUAUUACUGGUCUUCCUUACUGGGGAUCUCUCCUGUACAUUAUAUCAGGCGCACUCUGCAUUUCUGCAGAAAAUAAAAUUAAUUCAUCUUCCAGUUCGUGUUUGGUCAAUGCUUCACUUGUAAUGAACAUUUUCAGUACUUUAUCCGCAGUCAUCGCCAUUAUUUUCACUUCACUGGAUCUGGCUUUAGGACCAAUGGCCAGUUACAGUUACUGCAGCGAUUAUGACUGUAAUAAUUCAGAGACAAGGUAUAAGACUCUCUUCAGGGGAAUCAGUGGUGUAUUGUUGGUAUUCUCCUUGCUUGAGUUUAUCAUCUCGAUCUGUCUGUCAGGAUUUGCCUGUAAAGCUAGCACCUGCUGUUGUCCUUCUCCGGUGCAGUUUGUCCCUCAGGUUCUACCACCACAGCCCUCUGAUUUCAGGCCCAUUCAAUUCCAUGUUCUUAACAGCUCAGAGAUACCUGUGGCCAGCAGCACUUCCAUUCAUCACCAGCCUGCAGAAGCUCCUCCACAAUACAGUGAAUUCAAAUAAAAAUGUUCCCCUUAUGAAGAUAUAAUGCAAUACAUUAAAUCUCCAAAUAGGGGAAACUAGUGCUUAUAUUUUUCAAUAUACU